ACUUGUAAACUUCCUUCCUUCCUUCCCAAACCAACGGAAAAAGAAUCCUUAUUUACAAAAUCUAUUUCAACUUAUUAUUAUUGUUAUUAUUAUUAUUUGUUUUUUUUUUUUUAAAAAAAGAAGAUGUUGAGAAUCGGAUUGGUGUCAUGGAUCAAUAGGAAGAUCGUCGAUCCCCUCAUGCAAAUACUCCGAAGGGGAUUGGAACCAAAGGAGCUGGCAUUUUCUGCUGCUCUUGGCAUGACAUUGGGUCUAUUCCCAAUCUGUGGAGUCACUGUACUACUUUGUGGGGUGGCUAUUGCAUUGCUUGGAAACCGUUGCCAUGCACCAACUGUGAUGCUUACGAACUUUGUUGCCACUCCAUUUGAGCUGAGUCUGGUGGUCCCUUUCUUGCGGUUUGGUGAAGUCAUCUCUGGUGGAGAUCAUUUCCCAUUGACCUCCAAUGCGAUGAAGAAGGUGUUGACGGGCCAGGCGUCGCAAGAAGUCCUACAUAGCAUCUUCCACGCUUUGUUAGGUUGGUUCACUGCGGCUCCUUUGAUUCUUGGCGUGUUUUAUGUGGCCUUCCUUCCAUGUUUUAAGCACCUGGUCUUGAAGUUCAGCACUCACCCAUCUAGCCCAAAGAAGCCACUCCAUCCCCACUCCGAAAUCAAGCUCAAGGUAAGGGAUGUCUAAAACAUCUCCAUAGAUGGAAAGAUGGGUCCUUUGCAUUCUAACAUAACAGCUCUGUAUAUAUAAAAGCUUCCUUUGGAGUUGUAUAUAUUCUCAAGCCUUGAAGCCCUAGUUAUUUGAAUGUCUGGGGAUUAUCUGUU